AUGUCUACACUCAACCCUCCCACUUUCCCAUCUGAGCCCAAGUCGGCUUCAGACCCUACGACCACCACACCUGCUCAGUGUCAAAACUGCAAACCUGCACCCCUCUUCAGUAUCAAGACCCUCAAAACCCUUUUCUGGUACAUCUUGAUCGGUUUUACAUCCUCCGUUUUGCUUAAUUACCUCGGCGUCAACGUCUCCACUCCCGCCAACGGUAAUCCCAGAUCCAUCUGUCUCAGUCGGAACACAGGCAAUCUAUGCAUGUCGUGGGCAUCUUAUCCCGGUAAUGGACUCCCUGAUGAAGCCUAUGACACCAUCACCCGGUUUUCCACUGAUUGUGUUCAUAAUGGGGGGAGGACUGAGUUCAAAGCUACCAUGGCCGAUGGUGGUGUUUUGUUCAUCUGUCAGCCAUUGAGAUGA